AUGAUCUCUCGGCGGGUUCUGAAGCCUUAUGCGGCUGAAUUUCUUGGGACUGCACUACUGAUCGUUAUCGGGGAUGGAGUUGUCGCCCAAUGCCUGCUGUCCGACUACAACUACGGCACCUGGCUGUCUAUCAACCUUGCCUGGGCAGCUGCCGUUGCUCUCUCGGGCUAUUUGUCUGAUCCUAGUCCGACCAUCAACCCAGCGGUGACUCUUUGCCUUGCUCUUGUGCGUCCGUCUGAGGGACAAUGGAAGCAAAUCCCAGGCAAGCUGGCUGCGCAGUUUUUAGGCGGGUUUGUCGGCGCUGCGAUCGUAUAUACCAAUUAUCGGUCGGCAAUCAAAGCUUGGGAUCCUGAAUACACCAUUCCCGGUGGAUCAAUCCUCAGCCCGGUCGGUCACCAUUCAGCGGGCAUCUUCUCGACUUACCCAGGGGCCUUCUUUGAGUCGAACUGGGAGGCUGUAUUUUCUGAGAUGCUAGGCUCGGCUGUGUUGAUGUUUGGCUGUCUCAGCAUUUCCGAUCCGGGAAAUGCUCACCGAUUCCCUACUCCACAGCUCGCGUCCUUUUUGCUGCUGCUUAUGAUCGGAGCUGCAUUGGGAUGGCAAACUGGCUACGCCAUAAACCCAGCUAGAGACUUUGGCCCGAGGCUGUUCUCUGCUAUUAUCUAUGGCCGAGAAGUGUUUACGGCGGCUAACUAUUAUUUCGUUGUUCCCUUUUUCGCCCCUAUCGUUGGCUGCAUUUUAGGGGCGGCGACUUACGACGGAUUCUUGUUCGAAGGAGAGGGGUCUCGCAUUGCCGAUGCGCUGGACAACGUUCAAGAUCACGGGUCCCUUCGACUGCAGUGA